GCGGAGAACAUGCACUUGGGCCGUACACUUUUGGAGAAGAAGCGAAACACAAAAGAGGCACCCAACCGGGAUCUAUUGAUGGAGUUCUGCACGGUGCAGCAGUACAGCAUCAACAACACUUUUCGGAAUGUGCACGACGGAAAACAGAUUACGUACAUGGAGAGCGGCACAAAACCCAACGACGCCAUCCUGCCGGACAGAUUUGCUCUGCUCGAUUUGUUUCUCGUGUCGGGCGUAAGUUUUAACCGAGUGGACGUGGGCGCCGCUGACGUGGUCGAAGGCGCCUGGCAAAACAUCUCGGCCGUGAUCGGGGCUGCAUCCGAGGCUCCGCGGGGCCCGCCCCGCGGUGCGGCGCCCGACCUCGGGACCAGAG